AUUCAGUUUAUAUUCAAUACGUGGGACUGUAUGUUUCUUGUGAUAUCUAUUGGCGGAAGGCAAAUACAAUAGCUGAUACUGGACAUAAUAUUUCUCAUGUUUGUGAACCAAAUUAUGUAUGUUUUUGGAAAUAUAAGCAUAUUGAGUGGACCGGUAAAUUCGACUGAUUAUAGAAAAUUAAUAUGUGUCUCGAAGGAUGAUGGCAGCGCCCUUGUGUGGAUCAACACAUUAAAUUACAAUACCAUUACAGAAAGCAGCAAACAGAUUUACAAUUCGAAUAAAUACAUUAAUAACGAAAUAGAUUGCAAAAUGAAUAGGAAAGAUGAAGAGUGCUUAAAGUCAUGGAGUAAACCGAAAUGGAGUUUCACAAGUUCUCUUGAAACGCCUAUGGGUCCGGUAUUUGAUGAACGAUGGGAAGACUUUAUGGAAUAUGAAAUUAAAAGAAAUGAAUAUCAUUUUAUAGAUUCAAAUACUUCUACAAUAGUAUUCUCGUUUUUAAGAUAUAAAUUUAUGCAGAUAUUAUUUUGUAAUAAUGGAGAAGAUUCCAUGCAUUAUUGCCAUCGGUUAAUAAUAACUGUAUUUGGUCGUGACAUAAUUUACACGAUAGAAACUUGCGAGGGAAAAUCUUACGAGGACUUAUUACAAACUUUAUCUCCUAAAUGCAAGCGCGCAACUAGCUAUGGAAGCAAUCACAAUUCUAAUUGGCAUACGAUUACAAUUAUAAGGAAUCCUAUGACUCAAAGUAUAUUCUUUUAUAACACUGAUGACGUCGAUAUGACAUAUGAAAACAUUAAUAAACAAAAUGAAACAAUGAAUUUUUUAUUUUCUACUACUUUUUACUAUCGUAUAUAUUUUGGAUCUAUAUUUUUUUCGGCUAAAUCCCAAAGUACAUCACUAGGAAAGAUACGAUUUCAUAUAUAUGACUUUCUGCAUACGACACUUAAGGAUGCAAUUUUAACGAGUCCAAUUUUUACAAUAUAUAAUCAAACAAUAUGUCUAGAAAUGUUAAUUGGCCUUUGCGCAGAAUGCGACGCAAAUAUAAUAUUACUUGAUUCUGCAAAUGAUAUAAUAUUGAAAAAUGUAACAAUAAAAGGUUUAACUGCGAAACAUGGCUUGCCUAUGUGGCAAUCUGUUCAAAUAAAGGAAAAUCUUACAACGGCAUAUUAUGUUAAUGUGUCAAUGCAAUUAAUUCCUAAGCUCAGUACAUUUACUUCUAAUCCAUUAUGGGCAAUAGCGAAUGUUCGUCAGUGUCCGCAAAAUGGAACUUUAAAAGCAGUUGUAUUACAUCAAAAAAUGGAUUUUUCGUACAUCAAAAAGAACGUACAAGAUUCGCCUAUAGAAUGUCAAAAAUUAUUUUACGAUGAACAAAUUUAUCUAUCUUCUUGGUCAAAUCUAACAAUAAAACCUGAAGAUUGUCCUCGAGGAAAAAUUGGACCGCAAUGCUUGAUUUCUUGCGAACAUGAUUUGCAAAUCAAUGCUGAUUGCGAAAAUAUUACAUUUUGUAACAAUAAUGGUUGCACAUGUCCGUUAGGUUAUUGGGACAUAUCUUGUCGUAGACGCCUAGAAAAACCAAACGUACCUAAGGUAAUUUUUGUGGACACGACAAGUAUAAUUGUAUUUCUUCCUACAACAUGGAAUUACACUAGUUAUUAUGAGGAGACAACAAUUUCUUAUUCUUUCGAAAUUAGAGAACUAGAUGAACCAGAAACUCAUUCCAUUGGACAAUCAAAAAAAGAAAUAUUUCAAAAUAGAAUACAGUUAAUAGGACACUUCAAAAAUUUAAAACCUUGUAUGGAAUAUGAAAUUCGGUGUACUUUAAGAAUUCCAGGCUAUAAAAAACAUAGUGAUUCGAUAACAGUUUGGACACAUUGCAUGGAAGAACCAAACGUACCUGAGGUUUUGUUUGUGAACAUGACAAGUAUAGUUGUAUUUCUUCUUACAACAUGGCAUUACACUAGUUAUUAUGAGAUGACAGCAAUUUCUUAUUUAUUCGAAUUUAGGGGACCAGAAACUCAUUUCUUUGGAGAACCAAAAAAAGAAAUAUUUCAAAAUACAACACAGUUAAUAGAACACUACGAAAAUUUAAAACCUUGUACAGAAUAUGAAAUUCGGUGUACUUCAAGAAUUUUAGGCUAUGAAAAACGUAGUGAUUCAAUAACAGUUUGGACAAAAUGCCUAGAAAAACCAAACGUACCUGAGAUUAUUUUUGUGAACACGACAAGUAUAGUUAUUGUAGUUCUUCCUACAACAUUGAAUUACACCAGUUAUUAUGAGGAGACAGCAAUUUCUUAUUCUUUCGAAAUUAGGGGACCAGAAACUCAUUCCAUUGGACAAUCAAAAAAAGAAAUAUUUCAAAAUACAACACAGUUAAUAGGACAGUUCGAAAAUUUAAAACCUUGUACAGACUAUGAAAUUUAUUGUACUUCAAGAAUUUUAGGCCAUGAAAAGCAUAGUGAUUCAAUAAAAGUUUGGACAGAAUGCCUAGAAAAACCAAACGUACCUGAGAUUAUUUUUGUGAACACGACAAGUAUAGUUAUUGUAGUUCUUCCUACAACAUUGAAUUACACCAGUUAUUAUGAGAAGACAGCAAUUUCUUAUUCUUUUGAAAUUAGGGGACCAGAAACUCAUUCCAUUGGACAAUCAAAAAAAGAAAUAUUUCAAAAUACAACACAGUUAAUAGGACACUUCGAAAAUUUAAAACCUUGUACAGGAUAUGAAAUUCGGUGUACUUCAAGAAUUCCAGGCCAUGAAAAACAUAGUGAUUCGAUAACAGUUUGGACACAUUGUGAUAAUAAGUCGACUACUAUAUUUAAAAUAUAUAACAUUUUUUGGUUCUUAUUACAUAUAUUGUGCUUUAUGUAUUUAAGUAAUUAAACAAAUCUAGUGUAAUUUUA